GCAGUGCAGGAAAAUGGCCCGCUGAAGAGAACGAAGGCUAAAGCAUGCUGCAUUACAUUAGCGAAACAAUCACAUAGAAUUUCAGCGGCGAAAUGUAUCGAGCAUACGAGUUUGUGGAGAGAUAUAUUUAAAAGAUCUAACCGUUAGUCGUGUAAAGCAUUAUACUUUGGCUUGGAGGAAUCGUCGUCGUCCGGUCAGAAGUGGCGCUGUAGUAUUUCUUCCCAGAAAAUGGACGAAAUUCAGUCAUGGUGGGAAGUGCCCAGCAUUGCACAUUUUUGCUCCCUCUUCAGAGCUGCUUUCGAUCUCUCGGACUUCGACAUAGAGGAUCUGGAAGAGAGUUUGUUAGCAGGCGAAUCUGAAGGAAGCUUUUUACUUAUUGACCUGAUUUCCCGGCUUCUUGGUGGCUGCUACUGUCGAAAUGACAUUGGACCAGACAACUAUGAGUUGUAUCUCAAAGACAUCUUCAGGCAACGACUUGAGGUUGAACUGGGUCAAAGCAAUCCAUUAGCUAGCAAAACAUUUUUCCAGCUCUCAAUUAGACAGCGUGUGGAGGUAGUACAGCAACUCUGUGAUUUUCGUCUGGAUGCUGAGGAUGUAUUUGAUUUGUUAAAGGGGCUUGGAGGAGAAAGUAUGCGUGUGGAACCACUUGGAACUGAUAGUAAUGGUGCCUUAUACUGGUAUUUUUAUGGCACACGUUUGUACAAAGAAGACUCAAGACCCACUAUGGAUAAGAAAAAAGAGAGAAGAGCCAAGAAACCACUUGAGAAAACAAGUUUAUCAAAAAAAUCUAAGAAAGUCAGCGUUGGUGGUAGUCGUGGUACUAAGGAACUUUCUGCUGCCAGACAUGGUACCCCCAGAUCAGCACGACUUAAAGCCAGAAUGGAAUCAGAAGAGAAACAGUCAGAAGAUGAAGAUGAUAAAGAUGAAGAAGGAGAAGACAAUGAAGGGAAGAAAUAUUACUAUGAUGAUGAUGAAUCUGUUGAUGAAACCCUGAGUGAACUGGUGAAAAAGAUUAACGCCGAUGAACAGGAUAAUUCAGCCCCCCGAACUAAACCACGGGCUGCAAGAUUCCGGGUUGAGUUGCAAAAAGCUGAACCAGAGGAAAAUGAUGAAGAUGGCAUGGAGAAUAUUGAUGGUGGUAAUGAUGUUCAUUACACCAACAUUGAUGAAUCCGAUGAUGAUGAAUUUGAGGAUGAUGAAGAUGCUUGUGAAAGAGAGGAUGAUUCUGACUUUGACUACUCAGAGAGAAAAGGUGUGCAAAAGAGGAAGCGAAGGAGAAAAAAAACUAGCAAACCUAAAGCCACAAAAGUAACUAAAACACCACCACCCAAGACAUCCACAAUUUUUCGAAAUCCCCCAAAAUCAGCUCGACUCAGAGCCAAGUAUGGUCACAUGAUAGUUAGCGAAGACAGCAAAGAUAGCACAUUGUCACAUGAUGAUGAAAAGUCAUCAGAAUCCAGUCGGCUUACAAGCAGAUCAGAUGGUCCUUUGGCCAGAUCUGGGCGUUACAAGAGGAGAAGAAUUGACCAUACUGUAGUUGAAAAGACCAGGCAGGCUGGGGAAACAGAUGCCUCACAGGAAGCAACAACUAAGGAGAAGCAUGAUGUUGCAGAGUCUGAGACAGGUGCAGAAAAGCAGAGUAGGUUUGAGUCUGAGGAACCGUCCUCAGCAGAUGUCUUGGAUAAAUCACAAUCUUAUACCAAGCUGAAGGAGAGGACACAAGAAGAUCUGAGAUGUGGUCAUGCAUUGGAGUUUGUGGCCAAGAAAGAAGCAGGGGAAAACGAAGAUUCUUGUGGCAUGGAAAUCUCUUGUGAGACUUCCCAGAUGCAUAGAGAGUGGUCAGAGCUUGAGUGUACCUUGCCAUCUGCUGUUCCAAGUAAUAACAAAGUCAAGUCAGAAAUGGAAACUUUCAAUGGGAAAGAAGCACAUUGUCUAGAAGGAAAUGAGGUUGAAGGAAACAAGAGUAAACAUGGAGACCCUUCCAGUAUUUGCAGCUUUAACAACAAACAAAGCCCAGAGGCAAACCAAGUAACAGAGGAAACAGCAUUGAAUGAGCUGAAGGCAGCUGAUCAUACAGCAGCUUCUUGUGAGGCAGAGCAGUGUGAAGACAGUAAUGAUUACCAACAGACACCCCCUCAGUCAGAACAGACAUUAACAAAAAAUGAAGCAAGAACAACGGUGGGCACUGAAACUAAAGGAGAGGAUGCUGACAUUGAGAGCAUAAAUGGAAGGGAAAAUGGGGUUGAUUUGGUGCUGGAUGGAGCGCAGAACAAAAUGGCUAUAGACGUAAGUGAGGAGUCUGUUCAGAUGUGUGGAGAGAAAAGGCAACUAAAGACUGAAGUACAACAGGAAAAUCUUGGGGUGACAGAUGGUGUCAUCAUGAAGCCAGACACAAAGGGUGCAUCAAGAGAAGGAGAACUAAAACACUUCAAAGUAGAAAACAACAGUGGCACUGAGCCAGAUGGAGAUAUAAGCAAGUAUGAAAGAGCUUCUUUAAUUGAUGUAGACAUCCAUGAAAAAUCAGAAAUAAAAAGUGAAGGGGAAGAGGAGAUAAAAAUGGAAGACAACAAUGACAGUGGCAAAGAGGAGAUGAGUGAUGCUUUAUCAGACAGAGAGGACAACCAAGUAAAAAGGUCAAAGGAAUUGGAGAUCGAAAAGAAGCCUAGAAAAGCAGGAAAAUUACUGGUGUUUGAGAAAGAAGACAGCAGGGAUUCAUCAUCAGACAGCAGAAAAGAGCAGAGCACAUUAUGGAAGCCAAGGACAGCAUCUGGGGCCAGCCAGAAGACUGGCUGGCAUCUUAUAUGUGAAGUAGUUGAAGACUGGCAAUAUCUGGCAGACAUCUUCAAAGACAGUCAAGUGCGCUGUGAAAAGAAUCUGUUGAGGACUAUCUGUAAUGAUUUUCUACCAGAAAUCCCAGCCAUUCAGGAGGAGAAGGAAAAAGAGCGCAGACGAAGAGAGGUUGAGUUUGCACCUAGACGCACGUCUAGUCGACUACUUUCAAAGAAAAAAGGCAGAGAAGAAGCUGAGAAGAUCCUGCAGGAAGCAGCUGUUGAAGAGGAGCGCCAGAGACAGCUGGAGGAAGAGGACAGGAAAAGGCGUAUGGAAGAAGAAAAACUGGAAGAGCAGCGUCGUCUGCAGGAAGAACGUGAACGUGCUCGUGAAGAGCGUGCAAAGCGUGUAAUGCUGCGAGAAGAGAGAGCUCGACUGAUUGCAGAAGGAAAAGAAAUACCUCCGGAACUUAUGAAUGGGUCAAAACCACUUGACAGUCAAGGGUCAGAUGAUCAAGUCAUGGAAGAAGAAGUUGUGGCCAAGUUACACAAAGUUAUUGCUUCUUGUAUGAGGCAUGAUGAGGCUUGGCCCUUUGUGGAACCAGUGGAGGAAGCAUAUGCACCUGGCUAUUUUGAUGUAGUGAAGAUUCCUAUGAAUCUAACAGAGAUGGAAAACAAACUUAGUUCUGGCCGAUAUUCAAGCAAAGAACAGCUUGGUACAGACAUGGACCUUCUUGUGGCUAACUGUGAAGCUUACAAUGGUGUAGACAGUGAUUUUACUCUUAUGGCUAAAAACUUGCGUAAAGCAUUUGAGAGAUCUAUGCGACGCAUGUUCCCUAUUAUGCGACCCCGCUGUCGAGAUGAUGAUGAGGAAUAUGUCUUCAGUGAAAAGCAAACAGAAAAAAUUGUUCCGAAAAAAUUCCGAGUCAGGCGUGAAGCCAGUAGACGUGCACAAGAUUACAUAGGCGAAGCUCUUUCUGAUGCUAAUUCUGAUGACAGUCUCUCCCACUUGGAAACAACCACUAUUACAUGGAGACCUGCAGGCUCAAAUCGCACUUACACUCGGGUACAGUUCAAGGGGUAUCCUGAUUCAGGGUAUAUCACGAUUCAACCAGCAACAAAAACUAGCACUGCAGCCACUCCUUCUCCUUCACGUGGUACUACUAUGUUGGACUCUUCCAGACGUCAGGUGACAAUCAGUACACCCCCUACGCGCUGCACAUAUGCCUCCAGUCAUGGACAGGUAAUUGGGCCAUGCCUCAGGUCCCCCUCGAGCCAGAACCUGCGUGACAUGCCUCCUGUUCUUACACCAGAAACCUCUGUUUCCAAGGACAGCACAUCUGCAGAGGGCAGUGAAGUUGCACCUCCACCGACUUGGAGUUACAGGAGGGAGUUGAACACUGAUGGAACAGAGAGUGACAAAGAGCCACCCAAGCUGCGGCGUAUGGUACCCAGUCCCAGUCUGCUAAAAGAUCAAGAACUUCAAAAAAGGACAGUGUCUGAGACAGCAGGAUUUGUGUCAGUGAACCACCCCAAACAGCUGCUGCAGCCAAAUCAGCAGGCCACCAGUCAGUCUCAAACUGUCCUGUCCAGCAAAGGGGGUGUAACCCAUGUGACACUGGGCAUGCAUCAUAGUGGCGGCACUGUGUUUCCUGCACAGCCAGCGCAAGCAGCACCUGGUGCUGCAGCUGGAGGUGCACAGGCCCGCGUAGUGCACAUCUCGCGGGAGGACUACCAACGUCUCCUGGCACAGAAUAAGAUCCAGGUGUUGAGACCUGGGCCAGGAGGGCAGGGCCAGAUCAUUCGACUGCAGGCAGGCCUUCAGCUGAUCACCCAGAGACCUAAAUUACCUGUUGCUGGUGCACCACCCAGCAUUGCUGCAAGGCCAGCAGUGCCCACAACUAGUGCUGCUGCAGAAGGAUCAGUGACUGUGAUGUCUGCUGUCUCACCAACAGCUGGGGCAUCUGAUCCUUUGAGAAGUGUGUUGCCAUUACAGACUUCACCGCUUGAAAAUGCUGUGGCCUCCUGCUCAGCUGCCACAACAACAGCCAGCUGCACUUUGCAGACCCCAGUGACUACUGUUGCUGGUCUGUCCUCUUCAUCAUCUUCUGAUCGGCAGUGUGGUUCAGCUGCUGAAGCAGCUUGUGUGUCUCAAAAGAAUAAGUCGCUGCCAGCCUCAGUUCAACCAUGUGUAGAAAGCACUGAGGGAUUGCAUGGCAAUAGCCCUUCCACCAGUGAAAGGACAGAUCUGUUGGGUGCUCUGCAGCCUUCUUCACCUACAACCAGUGAGAGUGAAUCACCUGGAGAUUCUCAGGCCACGAGUCUGCAGAAGAUGUCAGAUUCAAGACAGACAUCAUCUUUUGAUGUGAAAUGUAAGCUUGAUAACCCAGAGAAUAGGAAAGCUGCUAAGGAAUUUGAGCUGGUGGCAGGUGGUGAGAAGUCUGAAGAAAGCCAGAUCAAGAAGUGUGACCCUGAUAUACAAAUGGAGGAAUUAACUGAUUCUCAGACAAAAGAUAUGUGCAGAAACAUUCAACAGCUGAGAGAGAGCAGUUCCAGUAAAAUUAGUGAAGAGAUUCAUAAGACAGUCAAGAAUAGAGACGUUGAACCAAAGAUAGAUAUCUCAUUUAAAGAGCUUGCAAAACGAAAGCAAGAAUUUUCAGAACAAGAGGUGCCUGUCUCAAAAUUAGCAAAGACAUCUCAUUUGUCCGACCCAGUUUCGGGAUCAAACCAGGAGUUGGAAACUGCUAUUUCCUCUGAUCCAGCACAGAUAAGUUGUUUGUCAGAGGAGGAAGUGACAGCAAUAAGUAAAAAUAAGAAAGAGCAGGAUGAUCACAAGACACAACAGCACGAAACAUCUCCAUCCUCAUCUGAACAGUCUGAUAAAAACUCUAGACCAAACAUAAAGAAGUUCUCUCUUUCUGGGCUGUCCUCCCAAUUAGCUAUGGCAAUGGCUGAAAAACGCAGGCGAUCUUCACAAUCCAUGUCUGAUCAGCCUGUUCAAGACAUGAAGACCUCACCUUCACAAAAGGUUGCUUUGAGCAGUGAGACCGAACUCCUUCCUCCCCUUCUGAAUCAAGAAGUUGCUGCUGAGAAAUGCUCAACCAAGACUUGUCAGAGUGCUUGUGAAAGUAAGCACAGAGCAAACGAACAGACAAAGAGGUCAGAGGCAGAUGUGGAUUUGCUGGGACCACCUAACCUGGAGCCAGUGCAAGACAGUACCAUGUCUGGAGCUACCAUGGCUCCACUCUUGGACUCUGUUACAAAAAGCUGUGGACUGUUUGAAUCAUUGGGUAAUUCAUUGGUGGCUAGUGAUGUCCUACAGUCUCCCCAGAAAGUGUCAGAGGUACCCUCCCGGUGUAACAUUCAAGGGACAGGUGUGAAGAACAGAUCACCUUUGAAACACCCAGAUGAUAAUAUAUUCCAGAGAAUGAUGGACUUGAGCAACAUUGAGAUAAAGGAAGAUGAUUUGUUGCUGCCAAGCACCCCAAGUGAUAUCAAGGGUGCUGGAAGUAACGAUAAAACAAUGUGAUGCAGUGUCCAGCUUAGAGUGCAGUCUGAUUCAGAUGUCAAGUCGGUGUUUGCAAGAAUUUUUUUUUUACCAGUCCCUUUAGAACCAACUCCUCACGAUAUUCACCUUGAUACUUUAAGUCCAUUUCCACAUGGUUGGUGGAAAAGUGGUGAAGCUUGCAGAAAAGGACAAACUAACAAGAUAACAUGAAUGAUCACCAAGCAUGAAGCCCUAAUCAGGGAGCUGCCAUGUUUGGUAUGAAGAGUUUAUUUCAUGCAAGAGGUACAAAUAUACUCUCGUGGAGCAAACAAAGCUCAAAUUGAAUAUUGGCCUUCUUUCAUUACUUCACACCACUUAGUUAAAGGAUAAAUAUGCAGAUCAUUUCAGGCCAUUUAGAUCUGACGGCUAAGAAUAAGCAAGAGUCAAUCCUGAAAGUAAAUAUUACGCAAGUCCUGACUUUCCAAAUUGAAGGCAAAUAUAUGUACUGUGCAUUUUUUAAUUAGAUAAAAAAAAUAGAAACUACAUAUGCACCUUGACAAUGAAAUGCAAACAAAAUUUGCAGCAAUAUGCUUCAUCAACUUGUUUGGACAAUGUUUCAAUGAUUGUUAUGAAUGUAAAAUUUUUUAGGGGUUUUUAUGUGGGUAGAAAUUUAGGUUAGACUAAGUUAUGUUGGAUGAAUAUCAUAAUGAAGCCACAAACAAGAAUAUCCCGAAAUGUCAACUAUGUUCAGAUAUGUGGCUUAUGUUGAGGGGCGGUUAAGCAUGGUAACUGUAAAGGGGUAACUUUUAAGAAUUUCUUCUGGUUUGAGCUGGUUUGUUUGGAAGGAGGAUGAUAGAGGCACAGCAAAUGCUUCCAAAACGAAGAACACAGUCGUGAAGCACAUCAUAAACUGUGAGACAUUCAGUUUUCUGAUAUGUGAUAUUGUGUGAUUUUGAUAAGAUAUUUAAAAUAUUGUUAUAUAGUUUGAACUUGUAGAUUUUUUUUAAACUGUAAGUUGGGUUGUGAAUAUUAUUGUAUGCUUGUUUAAAGUACAUGGUAUUUGGCAUGCUCACUCACUUUUUAAUAUAUCCAGUGUUCUUCUCCAUAUGGUAAGCAGGAACCUUACAACUUUCUGCAAGUUUGAUGUAUUGAGAAACACAUUUAAAUGCCCAUAUAUAAAAUUAUUGGGCAGGCCAUGGAUUUUAUACAUAUAAUUAUCAUAAUGUCAGAGGCAAAUGCCAUGCAACAGUUUUUGUUCCUUUCACAUGAGAAAAUAGACGAGUAAAUGAAAAAGUGCUUGUACAAGCAUGCAUGCAUACAUGAAUGCCAGAUUAUUUUUUAAAUACACCUUUGGGAACGAUUUCAAGGGUUUUCAAAUUGUUUACAUUUUGCUUUAUAUAUUUGUGAGAAGUGUAGCCUUUGCUGGAAUGAGAUUUUAAGGAACAAAUAUAUCGAAGAUAAAAAUAAUUGGUCACUGGUUGAUUCAUCCAUGCACAAGUUGGUUUGAUCAUGACCUUUGGUCAGUUUGUCCCCAACCCAGAGACAGUUUAACUGCUGGCCUCAGUCACUUCCAUCACCAAGUAUAGAAGUUACUAUUGAUUGUAAUGACACAUUUAAUGCUUGCUAUUUUAAAAUGAAACUACAGUAUUUUGUAAAUAGGAUAUAUAAGGGUAGCCACCAUAUUGUGCUAAGUGGAAAUGGAAACUACCAAGUAAAAAAAUUACUAAUAACAGCAUCUCUCUACACAUGAUGAAAGAGAGCAAGAUCAGUGCACACAGGUCAGUAAAGGAUGAUAAAAGAGAUUACAUCAAAAAUCACUUAUUAUGUGGCCAAAUAAUUGCGUAGAUGAUGAUGAUGCAGUGAGAUUGACAGUGCUGUGGUCAAACUGACUAUUUAUGGUCAUGGUUGAAUCGACUGGGAUGUGGUCAAAUCAACUCGUGCCGUGGUCUAAUCAGCAAAUGAUCAAAUUAACGAGCCCUCAAAUAAUUGAUGUUUGUAUGCACUGAUUUCUAUAACGGGAAAUGACAAAAAAGCCCCGUAACUUAAAUUUAUCCAUGCAAGAAAAAUCAAGUUAGACCAUUUUUAACAGUUCCAAUAAUGCCAGCCAUUAGCAUUCCAUGAAGUUAGGAAUAAUCAUAUCUCAUGGCUUGUUUUUUUGUUGUUUUUUUUUUUUAUGUGUGAGAUGGGAGAGAUAUUUGCUUCUUUUGGGUUUUUCUUUUAUCUGUAUGCAAAUCAUGGAGGAUAUCUGAGGGUGGUGGCAUGAAUAUUAGUGCCUGCACAAGCCAUUUUAAAUCUUCAUUUCCCUUUUUUGCAAGUUAAAAUAAGAGGAUAGUGGUGUGCUUUUCUAUGCUCCACAGAGUCUUUAACCAACGUGCAACUGCGAUGACUGCACAAUAUGUUUGAUUAAUGUGUUGCUGUAUGUAUAUGUAGGUCAAAUCAAACACGUAUACAUCAGUGUUAAACAGUGCUCUGCAUAUGAUUCAAAUGCUAGAUUAUCAGGUACGCACCUUUUGUGUGUAAUUAUCAUCACGGUAUAACCGCACCGUUUUCAAUCUGAUUAAAACACAAGUCACGAGUGAUCCUGAAUGAGCUUUAAAUCUUAUGAUUAGCUUGUUUAUUUCUCCUAUGCCAAUCUCAGGCAAAUUGUUUAUAUAAUAUUGUAUAUAGUUCAACAGGAACAAAUGAAUAGUUGUCUUUCACCCUGCUUGUAUGUCGGAUGAAAUUGAAGAUUAUACUGUUUAUUACAGACAAGUUGAAGUUUAUUCAACUGUUUGUAGUUGGCAGACAUCCAAAGCAUCAGACAUCGUUUAAUUGAUGGGUUGUUAGAUUUUUUUCAUAAUUUGUCAUCGAACCCUUCCCUGAGGGACUGCAAUUUUAAAAAAACCCUUAGUGGCUAAUCAAGUGUAUAUUAAUUACAGAUAGGGAAGGUUUUGGAUUAGGGGUUUUUAUAGUUUAAAACAUACAUGUACAUUCUUUGGGACAGUCAUUAACAAGGAGAUAUGCAAAUCAGUUAUUUUAUCUCCUUAUCUUACGCAAGAACAGAUGUGUUAGAUGCUCAUAUCUGUGCCAGCCUUUUGAGUCAAUAAUAAUUCUUUAAGAUUUACACUUUCUGUCAUGUAGUGAGAUUCGUUACAAAAAAAUAUUUCUUUUCUUUCAUUUGCAUUCAUUUUGAGAUGUGUUGCAUAUAUAUAUAUGAGACUUGUACUGACCAGCAGGACAUCAUGUAUAAAAUGUAUUACUAAAUUACACACACUAAGGUGGAAAUAUCUUUCCCACGUGUUAGUCUACUGAAUUGUUGAGGUAUUUCAGUUUUAUUUGUUAUCCAUGGGAUAGAUUUUUCCGGCACUGUUGCAUACCAAUGAACAAUAAAACAAAAUAGUACAAAGAA